UUGGGAUUGGGUUGGUCUAAGCACGAGAGUGUUGGUUGAUUUCACACCAAAAUCUGAAAGUCUUCGCACAUGCCUCCAACUCUUUGUGAUGUUACACAUUUAAGUGACUUGGCCACCGCUGCUAAGCAACAAGAAGUUCCUACGAAGUUUCUUUCGACAUACUAGGAAGCAGGAAGUGUCCCCAGCUGAUAUAUAAACAGCAUGAAAGUUCAGUUGAUAAGCAUGGAUAAACAAAAUCCCAACGCAAACAUUCCCGGUGACACUCCGAUGAGUGAGUACACCGUCCCCGAGACGAAUUUCGAAGUUUCUGAUUUCUUCGAGCUCGAUGACUGGAUUGAGGAAGAUCCAGCGUUUGUUGAGUCGGGUGAACCUCAGAAUCCAGGUUAUACAGUCAAUGAAGUUGCUAACUCCAGUGGAAACAGUAGUGUCUAUCUUGAAGGAGAUAGUAGCAGUGGAGGGAGUCGCAGGGAGAAGAAAGAAUUGAAAGAGUUAGACAAGGUUGCUUUCAAAACGAAAUCAGAGAUUGAGAUACUGGAUGAUGGCUUCAAAUGGAGGAAGUACGGGAAAAAGAUGGUGAAAAACAGCCCAAAUCCAAGGAACUAUUAUAAGUGUUCAGUUGAAGGCUGCACAGUAAAGAAGCGAGUUGAAAGAGACAAAGAUGAUCAGAGGUACGUAGUAACAACGUACGAGGGCAUCCACAACCACCAAGGUCCGCAGCUCUAAUAGAAAAUUCUGAAAUAACUUCACAAGGAGUUCCUAGUUAUGAACUUGAUCCUUCUUUAGCCAUACUCCAAGCUAUCUUUUAGUAUUUAAGAGGUAAUGGGAUGAUAAGAAAAUGUAUGAAGGGCAUUUGGUAAUGUUAGAUCCCUGCAGAAUUUAUGUAAAUUCCAAGUGAAUAUUUAUCAGAUAUAAUAUAAAAACA